CAUGGAUCCUCCCUGCUUGCCCAGCCCCACAUAAUGGCCGACGCAGUCCACAAGUUUCUGCUGGGCCGCGUCACUGAAUCGCUGGCUCUGAUUGCGCUGCAGGAAGCGACUCAUAGUGCGCAGCUCCUUCAAGAUUUUGCCCUGCGUCGUCUCGAUCUUUACCGACCCAGAGAUCGCGGCCACUAACGUCUGGCCAUCCUCCCAAAACUUGUUGCAUCUCGAGUCCAUGGUAACAAUUGUCAAUUUUGCAAAUUAUUUCCGAAACGGCGAAUGACUGGGAUUUUGUAAGCCUUAUUUUCGGAUUGGCCAACAUGGAAGACUUAUACGGGGACUUGGAUACGUCCACCAACGCCUUAGAGAAGAAGGAGGCGCUGGACAUCAAGACGAAGGUUGAGAAGGAGAAUAAGCGGCUGCGGGACGAACUGGCGCAGUUGCAGGAGCAGAACCGACAGCUUGGUGCUGCUAACAAGCAAUUGGAGAACAGCAUUUCCACUCUCUUCGCAACUGCGCAACUGGAGCUAGGACGCAAGGACAAGGAGAUCAAACGGCUGCGCAGUCAAUUGGAAGGUCGAGAAGCCGCCUAAACAACGACCGAAGAUAUCAAUGCUUUAAACGACAUGAAGGAUAUUUACUAAACUUUUUUUGAUUUUCUUGUUUGGUUGUCUCGAUUCUCGCAUAUUGCAUAAAUAAAAACAGCCGCGUGUAU